CACUCAGUCACUCACUCACUCACUCAGUCAGUCACUCACUUACUUACUUGCUCGCUUGCUCGCUCGCUCGCUCGUUUGUUCACUAGCUCAACUCUCCUUAUUUUUCCCGUACCAUCUCGACCUCACUCCACUUACCAUUACCAUCAUCCUCUCUCUUCCUCCUUUCACGAAUCCGGAGGGGUGCGUGCGUUAGUUAGUUCGUUCGUUCGUUCGUUCGUUCGAAAGUCGAAAAGCCAGAGAAGGAAAGAGUGACACAUUCUGAGCGUGAACACGCGCCAGCCACUACGGAUUUAAGGAAGAAAAGAAGAAAUCGGCAGCAAGCCUCCAGCUAAUAAUAAUCAGGACACGGGAUUUCCUUCUGUGGAAAAAGAAAACGGAAAAAAAAAGAAAAGAAAAGAAAAGAAAAGAAAAGAAAAGAAAAUCACGUCUUUUCUCUUCUUACGUUCGUAUCGAUUGGAGAACAGAUUUCCUGAAUCAUCCCGACGAACGGAAUAAUUGCUGGUAGAUAAUAUCUCGUGAUAGGAAGUCGUUGGGAUUCUAUAUGGAAAAGAAAAAAAUUGAAGAGUACCGUGAAUAAGUCAGUCGUGCCGACCUAACGAACGAACGAAUGCCGAACUAACUAAAGAGUCGGUUUUCUUGUCAGGAACGUUGUCGUCGACGUCGUACGAGAAGGCACGCAGCAAACGAAAUCACGCGCACGUGCGUUCUAAAUGCAUUAAUCGCACUAUGGCGACUGCGACGAUGGGUCUUCGCCGUAGGGUACCGGUGAACAAUUCGCCAACGCCUUCUGGUCAUUCUUCCACGAACGUUUCUGCCUCUAGCAAACGUUCCAGAUCGGAGAAUAACAAUAGUCCGUCUCAGGGGAACCUAAAUUCGGUGAAUGGUUCUCGAGAGGAGCCACCGACAAAGAAGUCACGUGGUACGACCACCAGCGGUGGCAAGGGCAAUGCUUCCUCGAGUUCAUCGUCAGCCUCGAAUAAUUCCGGAUUAGUUUCCCUAACGGAUACUAAUUCUUCGAGCAAGAGUCGUGGGAGUUCCAUUUCCAGAUCUAGCAAUCAAACGAAGACAACGUCAUCGUCAUCGUCAUCAUCCUCAUCCUCAUCAUCAUCAUCAUCAUCAUCAUCAUCCGGUAAUAAUAAUUCGAACGUUGUCAAUGGCGAUCAUCCUUCGAACGUUCCAGCGGGCAACUGGUCAACAGCCACAUCGAACAUGUCGGACGUGUCGACUUAUGCUGCAGUCACCGGAUUAGCCAUGACGAACGGGCAAGCUAGCGGGCUCUGUGCCACCAACCUUGGCAUGACGACAUCGAUACCACCAUACAUGUCUACGUCAAUGGCGACCUUCGUUGGGAACGCGACGAAUCUCGGUAAGAGUUCGUCGGUGUCUUAUCUCGAUAUAUCCAACAUGACCAGCGGUUCCUUGGGCUCUUCGAACGCCACGAACUCUCUGGCCUCUGGUUACGGCACCAAUAAAACCACCGGCACGAAUCUCGAUUCGAAUUCCACCGGUGUAAAGACGAUGGCAUUUCCAGGUAUCCCGUCGGCGAACGUGAAUGCGAAUGGUGGUGGUUACGGUUCGGCACAGCAAAAGGGGCAACAAAACCAGACGGCGGAUAGCGUGGCACUACCUAAGAAGUUUCAAAAUGAUGGCAUGUUCAAUGCAUAUCAGCCCUGGGUGAUAAAGACUUACGGUGAUUUGGCAAAAACGAAAACAAUCACGAUCAAAAAGUAUGCGCGUAUUUUGCGAACUCUGCGAGGGGAGGAAGUGAACAGUGCAGAGAACAGUAAAUUCAGGUUUUGGGUAAAGAGCAAGGGCUUCCACAUCGGCCAACCGGAAGGUUAUGACGCUAAACCGGCGGACAGAAUCGUUGGACGUCACGCGGUUACCAAUCCCGGAUUGGAUCCUCCUCUAUACGUGCCUACACAGUUGCCGCAUAACAAAGCAUUGAACGGUGCAGAGGGUACAGUUCCACCAGGAAGAAUUUACAAAAAGGUCGCCAUAGUGGAGAAUUUCUUCGAUAUUAUUCAUGCCGUCCACGUUGACCUUGAGGGUCGUCCUGGGAAGCAUGCCGGUCAAAAGCGCACCUAUCGGACGAUCACAGAGACGUAUGCGUUCCUACCGAGAGAAGCUGUUACACGAUUUCUUCUUGGAUGUACUGAGUGUCAAAGAAGACCGAGAACACCAAGCCCUACCAAUCUGUCUAAUCAGUCAUCGCAUCCAGUUGCACUUUCGUCGACGAUAACGUCUACGUCGGGAUCAACAACUACGACAACGUCUACGUCAACGAGAUUGAGUCCUACGACUAGUUUGGCAACGUCAAAUUCAACCUCUCAAAAUAACAAUGCUAAUAACAAUAAUAAUAAUAACAAUAAUGGCAAUAACAAAUCAAGAGACUCGACGGAAAGUAAAAAUCUUUACAAUUAUAGACAUCAAAAACAUUUGAAGAAUAAUAAUAUUGUUGGAAAUUUAACCGAGACGAAAAAUGAUAAAGACAAAGAAGAGAAAUAUAAUCCUUUGAGUAUAACCAAUCUAUUAAAAAAAGAACCAACGAAUGGUGGAUUCCUAUCUAGUACGGAAAUUUUACCAGAAUCCCGAAGAACUCCAGAAUCUGAUCGGGCGAGUUCAAGGAGUUCGGCUUCGUCUAAAAGGAAGAGGAUGCUGCCGGAGGGUCGGACUCCAUCUCCACAGCCGAGUCAACCGUUGCCAAGGCCUUGGAGCCCGGGAUUGGAUCCCAAGAACACGCCCAUCGACUACAGUCUUCCCAUUACUACCUCGUACCUAAAACAUCAGCAAAGGAUGGCUGAAAAAAAUAAGGCAUUAAAGGAAGCUGAGGAAGAACAACAACAACAGCAACAACAACAGCAAGCACAACAACAACAACAACAGCAGCAACAGCAACAACAGAAAAUAACUGCAAUGGAAAUUGACGCGGAUAACGUCGAGGGUGAAAGAUUUUCACCUGCAGCAGGUUUAAUCGACACUAAUCUCAAUUUAUUAGCAACCAUUCAAGAUUUACACUUCCAAGUGAUGCUAGCAUUGAACGAAAGGCUCAGACCAUCUAUCGCAAUGCCGAAUCCUCUCGUAUUACCAUCAGCUCACAUCAUAUCCGGCCCCAUGAUCACAGGUUCCGAGGUGUCCGUGCAAACCGGGGAGCAUCACUUGUGAACUCCUAUUUUCUAGCAUAUCGAUCGGUUUGAUCUCGAUAAAGCUUUCAAAGGACACAUCUCAGAUUACUUGUCCUUAGAACUCACGCGUCUAAUAUCUUUCAUUCGGCAAAACUAUCAUUCUUAAUUAGUGUUCCAUCCAUUUUAAAACCUAACCUUAAAAUUAUCAUCUUUCUAAUAGAGAUAAAUCACGAUCUCAAAGUUUCUCGUUUUGGGAAUAAAGAAAAAUGAAAAAAAGAAAA